AUGCAAAAUGCAAAAAGGGGAUAUGUCCCCGUGUCUCAAGGGAUAGCGAUCUCUAAGGACCAGUGUCCGAAAUCAUUGGAUGAGAAGGACCGCAUGAAUAAAGUUCCAUAUGCUUCAGCAAUAGGAUCUAUCAUGUAUGCAAUGGUAUGUACUUGCCCAGAUGUCUCGUAUGCUUUGAGAAUGACGAGCAGAUACCAGUCUAAUCCAGGUGAAGGUCACUGGAAAGAAGUCAAGAAUAUUCUUAAGUACCUGAAAAGAACUAAAGAUUCAUUCUUGGUGUAUGGAGGAGAGGAGAAACUCGUUGUAAAAGGUUACACCGAUGCAAGUUUCCAAACAGACAGAGAUGAUACUGUAUCACAAUCUGGUUUUGUGUUUUGUCUAAACGGAGGUGCUGUAAGCUGGAAGAGUUCAAAGCAAGAAAUAGUAGUUGAUUCUACAAUGGAGGAUGUGUACAUUGCAGCUUGUGAAGCAGCUAAGGAGGCCGUUUGGAUUCGAAAGUUCAUUUCUGAUUUGGGAGUGGUUUCAUCGAUCACAGAUCCCAUUGAUCUAUACUGCGAAAAUAAUGGAGCCAUUGCACAGGCUAAAGCACCUAGAUCUCACUCCCGGGCCAAACAUAUACUCAGGAGAUUUCACCUUAUUCGAGAGAUUAAUGAAAGGGAUGAUAUACACAUAUGUAAAGUGCACACAAAUGAUAACAUUGCAGACCCACUGACCAAAGGCUUGUCGCAACAGAAGCACGGUGAUCACACUAGUUCCAUGAGUAUUAGAUAUAUGGGUGAUUGGCUCUAG